UUCAUAUAGGCUACACAACAGAAGCGUCCCAUCCAAAUAGGCAAAUGGGGCUUUUUGACAAGCUUGCAGGGUGGCUGGGCCUGAAGAAGAAGGAUGUGAACGUGCUAUGUUUAGGUCUGGACAACAGUGGAAAAACUACCAUCAUCAACCAGCUAAAGCCAUCCAGUGCUCAGGCUCAAGACAUUGUCCCAACUAUAGGUUUCAGCAUAGAAAAGUUUAAGACCUCAAGUCUUUCUUUCACAGUGUUUGACAUGUCAGGGCAGGGCAGAUACAGAAAUCUGUGGGAGCACUAUUACAAGGAGGGUCAGGCCAUCAUAUUUGUGAUUGACAGUGGCGAUAAACUAAGAAUGGUGGUGGCAAAAGAAGAAUUGGAUACCCUUUUGAGUCACCCUGAUAUUAAGCACAGAAGGAUACCUAUACUCUUUUUCGCCAACAAGAUGGACCUCAGGGAUGCACUGUCAGCAGUAAAGGUCUCCCAGCUCUUGUGUCUGGAAAACAUUAAGGACAAACCAUGGCAUAUCUGUGCAAGUGAUGCAGUGAAAGGCGAAGGUCUUCAGGAGGGUGUAGACUGGCUGCAAGAACAAAUUGCACAAUCAAAUCAGAGCGAUGAAAACGUAAAACCCUCCUGAGAUAUAAAAACAGUCAAGGUCACCAGCUGCAAUGGCGGAGAUAGACAAAAAAAGAUCUUCACCUUUUGUGCUGAUGUUAAAAUCAAUUAGGUUGGUAGUGUAAUAAACCAUUUGGCUUUGAUUAUGGCCCUGUUUGCACUGUAUAUGAACAUCUGUCUCAGUUGAUCUGAUCACAAGUGGUCAGUCAAGACUUUUAUUUUUACACAUUAUUCUGACAGUUGUUUUCUUUUAAAUCCACACACAACUAGUGAAGUUUAACCUAUUAGCCCAAUAAUUCAUUGACAGAUUCCCUGUUGUCCAGGAAGCAUAAGAACACAUUCGAAUUUAAACAAAAAAUUCAAUUUGGCCAUAUACAUUUCUGACUACUGAGUAAGAUCAAAAACAUUUCACCACUUUUGAUAACCUGAGCUAUUAUGCUAAUACCAGGUGUAAAUAUGUCUGUGACGAUGCAUCUAGUAUUUGAUCAUUGCAUCUUCUGUCUUGAUGAAUACAUACACUACACUUCUUGGCUGCCAAUGCUGUAAAGUAAUUCUGUUGAGAAACUCACUGUAACAGGUUUCUCAGACAGCAGAGCACAAUGGCUAAUACUUUAUAGCUUAGCUAUGUUGUUGAUUGGAUAGAAAACAUUCCCAAGCAGUGUUUAUUCCGUUGCUUUGAAAUGUAAAAUUGGUCAAAGCUCGUUACUGUAGUGAUGUACAGUAGUGCUGUUUAUUCAAUAUUUUGCUAUGAUUUACUUUUCCAUGCAUUAUAUGCAUGUUGCCUCUGAACAGUAUGAAAAUGAAAAAUUAUGACACCUCAAACCGUCACAAAGGAAAUGUUUCUCUUUGUUCUGGAAUUAUUUAUUUUCCAUAAACUUUUUGUUUUAAAAACAUAUGUAAAGGAAUUGUUGCUGCAUUUUUGUCUUGUGUUUUGACAAAGUACAUUUUCACAUAUUAACUUUUUUUCUAAACAAAACGUUU